CCGUUUGCGACACUUAACCUCCAAAGCCCACAAGGCCAAACAGGCCUCGUUCAUCGUGCUAAACCACCCCGUGGGUUCGUUGUGCUCUGCAUGAAUGUUCCAUUGAAUAUUCGGAUCUUCAUCAAGUGAACUGGGUAGUUAUUACUCAUGGAUACGACUCUUACAACUCCGGAGGACCAACCGGAGCAAGGAUGCACAAUAUUCAACACUAUUUCCCGUCUCCGUAAAAUUAACGUGGAAUUGGCUGGCCCAGUAAUUCUCCACGCGAUAACCCACACGACUCGUCUGAAAUCUCGUUUCGAGCGUAAUUCGAUAAACAGCAAAACCCCGGAGUCAACAGACGACGAGAACGAGGAGGAGAAUCUGAUAGAAGACGAUCUCGACUAUUUGCGUUCCCUCGAUCCAAAAGAAUGGAAGAAUCAGGAUCACUACGCGGUCCUGGGCCUGAAGAAACUACGUUUCGAGGCAUCCGAGGACAUGAUAAAGCGAGCGUACAAACAGAAGAUCCUGAGGCAUCAUCCAGACAAGCGUAAAGCAAUGGGUGAGGAAAUUCGUCCAGACGAUGACUAUUUCACGUGCAUAACUCGCGCCUGGGAGAUGCUGGGAAAUCCCGUGAAAAGACGAAGCUACGACAGCACAGAUCCGUUCUUCAAUGACGAUCUCCCAGACGAAAAGGACGCGAGAGUGGAGUUCUACGAUACGAUGGGCAGAGCAUUUGAAGCGAAUGCCAGAUGGUCAGUGAAACAACCAGUUCCAAAACUGGGUGAUCCAGAGACAGCACGUGAUAAAGUUGAAAAAUUCUACUCCUUCUGGUACGAUUUUGAUUCAUGGAGGGAGUACUCUUACCUGGAUGAGGAGGACAAGGAGAGUGGACAGGAUCGUGACAUGAGAAAGUGGAUUGAGAAGAAGAACAAGGCGACGAGAGCUAAACGAAAAAAAGAGGAGAUGCUGAGAAUUCGUAGUCUGGUGGAUGUUGCUUACAACGCCGAUCCGAGGAUAAGAAAAUUCCAGCAAGAAGACAAAGACAAGAAGACCGCUGUCAAGAGGGCGAAGCAGGAGGCGGCAAAGGCCAGGCAGCUCGAGGAGGAGAGACUGGCUAAGGAGGCAGCUGAGAAGGAACGUGAGGAGAGGAUCAAGAGGGAGUCCGAGGAGAAGGCACGACAGGAUGCGUUGAAGCAAGAACGCGAGGCCCAGAAGAAGGCACUCAAGAAGGAGAGAAAAGCUCUGAGGGACUUGUGCAAGUCACAGAAUUACUUCUCGGAGAGUUCAACCGAGGGCAUAAGGCACAUGGAGUGCGUCGAGAAGUUUUGUGAGCUGUUCAAGCUGAACGAACUUGAAGAGGCGACAAGGGAGAUCCAACGCAAUGGGAGGAAUGGAUUUUUGAAAAUUGUGGCUGAUACGGAGAGUAAAAUCGAGGCCGAGAGGAGGGCGCAGGUGACGAAUCACUCAGAUGUUAGGAAUAAUUCACAUGAGAAGCAGAGCAAAGGGGGAUCUGUUGCGUGGACAGAGGGUGAUCUGCAGUUGUUAAUUAAAGCUGUCAAUCUUUUUCCCGCUGGGACCAAUCAACGCUGGGAUGUCGUGGCUAAUUUUAUCAAUCAACAUGCGAAUAAUGGAGUUACGAGAAAUGCGAAGGAAGUACUGGCCAAAGCGAAAGAUCUGCAAUCAACGGAUUUCAGUAAAUCGAGUAUGAAGGAACAGGCGAAUAAGAAUGCUUUUGAUAAUUUCAUUGCUGAUAAGAAGAGCAAGGAAGCUAUCGAUGAGAGAAUGCCUGCUGUUACGGAGAGACUGGAUCCACCUGUUAACAGUAAUGGACCCGGGAAUAAUGGGGGAAAGGAUCAACCGUGGACGCCGGCGGAACAGCAAUUGCUGGAACAGGCACUCAAGACUUACUCGAGUACAACUGGACCUGAGAAGUGGGAUCUUAUCGCUGGAUGCUUACCUAGCAGGACUAAGAAGGAGUGUAUGAGGCGAUAUAAGGAGCUUGUGGAACUCAUCAAGGCGAAGAAGGCAGCCCAAAAUAUCAAACAAUAGCCAACAGUGAUUGUGUGUGCCUGAAUUGAAUGUAUUUUAGGUAAUGAAGGAGAGGAUCGAUAAAUAUUUCGGCAUACUGUAUAUCGGCUUGUAAAAUAUUAGCAAAUCAAAUAAAUUUCAAAUGAUUGUAUAA